UGUACACACAUAUGUGGAUAAAUGAUAGUAUAGUAGUGAAGCCUUAUGGAGAGUUAAAGAGGUAGAAAGCUGCUCUGGUUUCUAGAUUUCUGGUGGAAAGGGUGAUCUAAAUUGAGGGAGUAAGAGAGUGAGCCUGACAGGAUGCCCAGUUUGAGUCAUAAGAAAAAGGAAGGAAAACUGAAGCAACUAGUUUAAAACCUUAGAAUUCUUAUUUCUCAUAACACUUAAGGUGAAGUUGAGGCAAAAUGCCAUAAUCCAGCUUUGCGCAAGUCAAUCUGUCGGAAAACCUUUGAGGUUUAGAGAUAAAUCUUACCAAUCUCCGGCCUACCUUAGUGACUUUUUGGAUACCUCACAGCCUGUGAAAGGAUCAGCUGGAAUGAUUGUGGUCAGAGCUGUAGUGACGGGGACAAAACAACCCAGUGAAAACUCCACAAAGGAAAAAGUAGUGCCUCCAAGGUGGUGCCUGAGUCCCCAGGCUGCUAACACGUCCCCCAGGGCUAAUAACAGGCAAACUCUGAGCGAGGGAACUGCUCUUGGCCGGGUGGGCACGCGGAUCGGAGAGUCCUGUCAUGUUCACACACGCGGUAACGCGCGCCUUGCGCAAGAACAAGACCCUUCGCUACGGGGUGCCCAUGUUGUUGUUGGUUGUUGGAGGUUCUUUUGGUCUUCGUGAGUUUUCACAAAUCCGUUAUGAUGCUGUGAAGAUUAAAAUUGAUCCUGAAUUAGAAAAAAAACUGAAAAUGAAUCAAGUAUCACUGGAAUCAGAGUAUGAGAAAAUAAAGGAUUCUGCUUUUGAUGACUGGAAGAAUAUUCGAGGACCCAGGCCUUGGGAAGAUCCUGACCUCCUCCAAGGACGAAAUCCAGAAAUCCUGAAGACUAUCAUAGCUUGACUAUGCUGAUUCUUUUUUUUUUUUUUUCUUUUUAAUGUUAUCAACUGAAUUUGCACUACAUAUUCCUAUCUGGUGGAAAGAAAAUUCCAGAUCUGCAGAAGCCUGGUUGUGAGUAAUUCAGUGACAGAUAAUUAUGAUUAAAAAAUCAGGUUCAAGUUUUUGCUUCCCAACUCUGCCAUUUGCAAAUGUAUAUUUUAUAGCACUCAAUAAAAAUGUGAACAUUGCUACUUAAAAA